UUCCUUCUCUCGUGUGCUUGUUUGUCUGCCUGUUUGCCCACGAGAGAACCGGGCAGCAGUGUGUUCCUAACUGCUCUUCUCUCCUCGCCGCUUUGUAGAGAUUCUUGGACAGAAGGAACUGGACUCCUCAAGCUAUGCUCUACCUGAAGGGCGCGCAGGGGCGCCGCUUCAUCGCCGACCAGAGCCGGAGGAAGAUGCUCUCCGACCGGCCGCCGCCCGAAAGACGAAGCGCAAAUCCCCCAGCACUAACUUUUCCUGAAGCAUUGGCUGUGUUGCUGGCUUCCUGGCAGAAACCACAAGUUGCAGAAGAAAACUUUGAUCAAAGCAGACUCCUGGAAGACAAUCUGCUAAACUGGUGAAAAUAUACCAGAUUACACUAAUGAUAGUUCUAUUCUUGUUGAAAACGUGAACCAUGUGAAUAAAACCCUUGGGCCUUUUUACUUCAUUUGUAAUCUUAGGAACAUGCACAGCUGAUUUUAUUCUUCCAGAAGUAAAAGUACUGUAGUGUUCUUAGAUGAGACUAUCAUAGCCUUCUUUCAUUCCUUUAGGUUCUAUUGAAAUCACCCUAUGUCCCAAUCGUGGAUUUUUCUAGAGCAUUGAUAAGUUUAAGACUGAAAACUCUUUAGAGUCCUGUUUUUUGUUUUUUUUUUUUUUUUUCAUUGCAACCAGUCCUCAUCUGGAUGCAAUAAUUUAGAAUUGUUAGUGUUUUUAUUCUGUUCCCACUUGCCUUGUCUCAUCACUCUGUGACAAUCUCCCAUUCUUUUCAAUCACCCCAUUUCCAGCCUCCAAGAAGGGUGAGAAGGAAGUGCGGUAGCAUGGCAGAGAGGAAAGUAAAUCUCUGAGCUGCUGGUUCAGGAGGGCUCAGUUCUAAGAGAAGGAAUGGGAAAGAGAUGGCUGGGGAGAAGUCCUGCAAUUCCAACCCUUUGGUGUGUUCGCUGAGAAUGGGACCAUCUGGUACACAGGAGCCAAUAGAAGUUUCCUCAGUAAGAUCCUCCCCACCUUGUGAUGUUUUGGGAUCUUUCUGAAUUCAGUUUAGAAAUAGGGAUUUAAAAGUUACUGGAAAUAAGCAGAGACACACUUUGCUCCUUGCACAUUAUACAGAGAACAAACCAGUUUUUCAGAAGUAAAAAUUACCAUCCCAUUAUCCAGACUAAACAGACUCAAAGACUCUUACUUGAAUUUGUAGAACCCCUAGGCUUUGACAAAAACAUUAUGUAUUUACUCCUUUUCAAAUCAAUUUGGGUUAAAUACGAUCUGAAAAAAAUGCACACACACAUCCCUGCCCCACAGCAAGCAUAAUAUUUUUAUUUGGAAUCAUCAUAUGACUGGCAAGUUAACUUUUGAUGUAAUUAAUUGAUGGCUAUCACUGGUUAAAUGUCAUUAGUGAAAUAUAUUGUUAAUUCUUACUGUCUUCAGUGUGUAACCCUUUUUUAGUAGCUAGAAAAUACCUUUAUGUGAAUGUGUCUGAAAGUAGAAACUGUUUACAAUUUCACUGUGUUAAAUAAUCAAAACCCUGCUUGUAAGAUUUGACUGCAUCUUCUUUCAUAAUUGAAUAAUGCAACUAUAUUCAAGUUAAUGUACUACUGAUAUCUGCCCAAGAGAUAAUAUACUAGCAUUAAAAAAAUAA